CAGUAGUAGUAGUAUAUUGUGCACAGCAGUAUAUUAUGAACUCUGGAAAUGAUGCUGCCUUGCCUUCACGUGGUAUUGGAAUUCUUAUCAAUAUUUCUUUCUUCAUCAAAAAAAGAUAAAAAAAAAGAAAGAAAAAAAAAGAAAUAAUAAAAAGGAAAUUAAGUUAAAAUUGACCUCAAGUCAAAAUCACGAGGAAAUUUAAGAUAGCACGUGAAGGCAGCAUUAAUUUUGCGGAGGAAGACUUUUACUGUGAAGUUCGUUAGUGGGCGCCAAAGCUCUCAUCUCACUAGUUUGCGUAAUUGAGUUCACAGACAGAACAUAACACAAUUAGCCUAGCAAACAGUUAUUUUUUAUUUUAUUUUAUUGAAAUGUUACAUUUAAAUAAAAAAUACAUUUAAAAAGAAUUAGCAACCUGUUUUCCGAUAAACAUUAUUUUUUUCUCUCGUGCGAAACCACGCCCCCAGUACGUGACCUUUGCUCAAACUUGCUUUGACUCAACGUCAACGUUCACUUUUUAAUGCGGGAGAAACAACUUGAGAAGAACAGGCGUGUUGUUCAUCAAGCGGCCGAAGAAAAAUCUGUACAGAUUUUACAGAAAAUCUAGAGGCAGCGCGUGGGCGACAAUAAUCCAGACGGAGGAAUAUAUGAUCUACCUUGAGAGGAAACUUCAUGCAGUGUAGAUACUGCAAAUACAGUUGUGCCAGUCAAAAUCUGCUGCUGAGACACUGCAGGCUAAAGCACUGGCGCCCAGGCCGACGUGAACCAUUGUUGUGCCUGUACCCUGAGUGUGUCUGCUCUUUUAAAACACCAGAAAACCACUAUGUUGCUGCGAGUGAUCGUGAAUCCAGAGUGCAUAAAAAAGCUGACACUCCCCGAAGUGCCAUCAUCAGUAGAUGAGCUCAAAGAAAUUCUUUGUGACAAACUGAAAAUUGAUCAAAACUUUGUGAUCCAGUAUGAGGAUCCUGAUUUUGGUGGUCAGCUUUGCAAUUUAAGUAACAUAGAAGAACUUCCAUCUGAAAAGGUCACACUGAAGAUUAUUUGGGAAAUGUUCAAAACUGCAGUAGAAGAAUCCCCAAGAAAUGAAAGAACAGGGUCUGAAACUGAUUUUACCCUUGACACAGCAAGCGUCUCAUCCAAUCUGUCCAGUCCAUCUUCUUCCACAGUCAGGGAAGAGCGUUGGCCACGUGUUUUCCUAAUCCCAAAUUUCUCCUAUGAUGUAGAGUUUAGACUGAGAAAAGCUAAUGAAGUCUAUGAAAAACAACACACUACCAUGGAUGUUACACGAGACAUCAAGAUAGAAAUACUGGAGAAGUUGGCAGAAACAAUGUACUCCUUUAAAGCUUACCCAAAUGAUUCUGAAAUUGAGCAGGUGGCACUUGCGUUAGUUUCCAGACAUCCAUGUCUAAGGGAACUUGGCUGUGACACAGGAUGCAAAGCCUGGAAGAUGAGCUUAAAAUUUAAAAUGGGGAAUUACAGACAAAAAUUACGCCAUGCUGGAUGUAGUGAGCUUGAUAAUAAAAGAGAUGAUGGUUCGAGAGUACCCCAGAAGAAACCAAGAAGAUCAGAAAUCAACUUCCUUCCAGACAAUCCUGUUGGUUUAGAUGAUGCUGCAUUGGAACAUGAAAGGGAACAGCUUAAACUUGAAGCAAAGAAAAAGAACAUGGACAUGACAAAACUGAACGACAAAAUGGAAACUACAUUCCCUCUCAGGAGAAAAGAAAUAGUCAAUGAGCAACCCAUGGUCUCUGUCAUCAAAGAAAGAUGGCCUGGCCUCUUUUUGGAGGAGCAAGUUUGUAGAGAGUUCCAAAGGAUCACUUGUGUGAACCUUAAAACGGCUUUCAUGACAGCUCUUAACAAAUAUAGCAACGCCCUCAUCAAAAUGUAUCGGGCAAAGAGUAAAGACCUUGGAGGUGACAUGAAAAUGAUCCUGGACCAUUUUGAUGAGCAGACAACUGAUAUCUUAUCACACAGACACGCUACAGCUUUACGGGGACUCCCCUUGUACCUCAGGGAGCGUGAUGCAAUAUCAAAGACUUGUCUGGACACUGAUUUGCAAGAAACCUACACAAGAGGUGUGAAAUUGUGCAUCCUUGAAGUCAUGGAGGACGAUAUCUCACAGACAACAAAGACAUGUCUAAACUUCGCCAUCAUUCUUGAGGAAACCGUUGUCAUGGAGGACCUACCUGACUUUCCUACUGCUUUCAUGGUACUCUUUGGACUUCUCUAUGCGCUGAACAUUGAGUAUUCAAAGGGACUAAAAUACACAUUUGAGGCAGUGCAGAACAUCUUUGUGGGAUUGGGAGAAAAGUGCACCAACAGAGUCCAGUCCCUAAAGAAUAAGCUACUUGCUGUUUAGGGAGUUUUAGAUGAUUUUACUGUUGGUGGGUACAUUUGGCAUAAUGAUGUUUGUUAGGAUGUUAAUGUAUAUUGUUUAGUGAAAUUUGAAUUUUAAAGCCUUAGCCUUGAAUUCUUUAAAAUGUUUACAUUUGCUACUGUUCAGCCACAUUUCAUAUUCAGUGUUAGUGCUUUAUAAUACUGUUUUAUUGCAGUAUUUCAAUUUUCAUGGUUGAAUCGAUACUCAGAGUUAGUGUUUUGUAAUACUGUUUUAACAGCAGUGUUUAAAGGGUUAGUUCACCCAAAAAUGAAAAUUAAGUCAUUAAUUACUCA